CAGAGAUCACCGACGCAAGACACGCGGGGAGGUGACGCACUUGAGCAUCAAAUCUAUUUGCAGCGAUCGGAGCUCCGCUUACGCUUCUCGGGUUCCCUUGACCUGGUCUCUCUUCCUCUUCCUCAAAACUUGUCACUGUAAAGAGGGAGGGUUCUAGAGAGAGACAAAGGGAGCGUCAGAGAUGUGGGUCUUCUAUCUGAUCUCGCUGCCCCUAACCCUAGGCAUGGUCGUAUUGACGCUUAAAUACUUCGCCGGCCCCGGCAUACCUCGCUACGUGUUUUUCACCGUCGGCUACGCCUGGUUCUGUUCUCUCUCAAUCAUCAUAAUUGUCCCCGCAGAUAUCUGGACGGCAAUAACUGAACAUCCGAACGGAGUUAUUUCCUUCUUUUGGAGCUGGUCAUAUUGGAGUACCUUUUUACUUACUUGGGCUGUGGCACCCCUUAUUCAGGGUUUUGAAGAUGCUGGAGACUUCACAGUAACUGAACGAUUGAAGACUAGCAUUCGAGUAAACCUAGUCUUCUACUUAGUUGUGGGAUCUAUCGGCCUUCUUGGACUUGUUCUCCUCAUUAUCAUGCACGGACUUCGGAUUGGAAGUGUUCUGGGUUUAGCCAUGGCCUGCUCAAAUACUUUUGGUCUUGUUACGGGUGCAUUUCUUCUUGGCUUUGGUUUGAGUGAAAUUCCGAAGAGCAUUUGGAAAAAUGCAGAUUGGACUACUCGCCAAAAAGUCCUUUCUCAUAAAAUUGCAAAAAUGGCUGUAAAACUUGAUGAUGCUCAUCAAGAACUUUCAAAUGCCAUUGUAGUAGCUCAAGCGACAUCCAAUCAAAUGUCCAAGCGUGAUCCUUUGAGACCUUACAUGGAUGUUAUCGAUAAUAUGUUAAUUCAAAUGUUCAGAGAAGAUCCAUCUUUCAAACCUCAAGGGGGCCGAUUAGGGGAAAAUGAUAUGGACUAUGACACAGAUGAGAAAUCAAUGGCCACACUUAGGCGUCAUCUUAGAGGAGCUCGAGAGGAGUAUUAUCGGUACAAAAGUGAGUAUAUGACCUAUGUCAUGGAGGCCAUUGAAUUGGAGGAUACAAUAAAAAAUUAUGAACGGCGCGAGUCAACUGGAUGGAAAUAUGUUUCAACCCUCAGACCUUCUCGUACUGGCCGAUUAGGGUCCUUCUUUGAUACAAUGGAAUUAAUCUGGCUGUGCAUAGUGAGGAAGCAGCUUGAGAAACUCUUGGCUAUUAUACUUGGUUGCAUGUCAGCUGCCAUUCUUUUAGCAGAGGCAACCCUACUGCCAAGUGUUCAUCUGUCACUUUUUUCAAUUGUCAUAAACUCUGUGGGGCAGCAAGAGGUUCUUGUGCAGGUCUUUGCUUUUAUUCCUCUGAUGUAUAUGUGCAUCUGCACAUAUUAUUCCUUGUUCAAAGUUGGAAUGCUGAUGUUUUACUCAUUAACACCAAGACAAACAAGCUCAGUCAACCUGCUUAUGAUAUGCUCGAUGGUUGCUCGGUAUGCACCUCCAAUUUCAUACAACUUUCUCAAUUGCAUUCGCCUUCAAAAGGAAACUAUCUUUGAAAAGCGAAUGGGGCGCAUUGAUGCUGCUGUCCCAUUCUUUGGUACUGGCUUUAACAAAAUCUAUCCGCUUAUUAUGGUUGUAUACACCCUGUUGGUUGCAAGCAAUUUCUUUGACCGGCUAAUUAAUUUUUUUGGAAACUGGAAGAGAUUCAGACUCCAAACUGAGGCAGAUGAUAUGGAUGGCUUCGAUCCAUCAGGAUUAAUUAUCUUACAGAAGGAGCGAUCUUGGCUUGAAGAAGGGCGCAAAGUUGGUGAGCAUGUUAUCCCAUUGGCAAGGAAUUUCAAUAAUACAAGUAUGGAUGUGGAGUCCAGCAGCAAUAUCACGGAUAGUACUGUUGUUGAGAUGAAGGCGACUACCAAUUUAACCAAGGAUGGUAUGACUGGAGGCCCAUCAAAACCUUUGAAAGAUGAUGUUCGUAAAUAUGGUGUGAACAAAGAAGCCAUCAGCAACAAAUAUGCUGCUGUGCGAGAACAAAGCAGACUAGCAUCCAAUAAGAAGCCAGUGGAGAAGAACAUAACCUCUGCUAAGGUCUCCCUGCUUGGUGCAGGCAACACUGCGUCUGAAAACAGUAAUGCAUCAGGAGGGCCAUCUUCUGGUUUAGCUGCAACCUGGCAAUCAAUGAAGACAGGUUUUCAAAGUUUCAGGGCAAAUAUAGAGGCCAAGAAAUUCAUGCCUUUACGGAACGUUCAGGAAAAUAAACUUGUCUCUCGUAUUUCUUCAUCUGAGUCCCUUGAUGAAAUAUUUCAGAGAUUGAAAAGGCCGACUUUAGACCAAGGGAGCUAUAGUGGCGAAGAUGGAGAUGAGAUGGAAAUCAGAAGUUCUGCCCCCAUGAGAUGAUGAUAUCCAUGAUAGGUAUUUGAAAAAGAAAUUACUCGUCACUGUUGUAGAAAUUGGGAAAACGGGGCCACAUCAUGUACAGGAUUUGGAGAAAGGUAGAUAGCCGAUUCUUACCAAAUUUUCCGCAGUUGGAUUCCCAUGCUAACUGAAGCUCGGGAGGGUGUUCUGCUUUACGGAAACUACAUACAAUUAUCAGCAACUGAAAAAAACACUGGAAAAAGAAAUAUGUUCAACCAAGUGGGGAGAAAUGACAAAAUGAAGAGGAGUUUUGUAACUUUCAAAUGUAUUAGUACAAUGACAUUCUGACAUUUGCUUCCCUUGUUGGUUUGUAACAUGGGUGCUAUUUGAACAUGAGGUUUUCUCUAGACUAAAAAGAAAAGUUCUACAGGAUGACUUCAUAUUUUAUGUUUUGUUUCUUUAGAGAACACAAGGUGAUUCCUUGGGAUACAUAUGGAACAUUGGUAAUUUCUACGGACAGAAUGUGCCUGUCAAUGGCCUCUAUUUUUGCUUUUUCUCAAUCUUAACUUCUUUUGGUA